AUGACCACGAACUUCCCCUCUUUCGACAAUGAAUCUGCUCCAGAGACGCUGCAGAAAACAUUAACUCACAAAGUCAUAAGCAAGGCAUGUCAGACAACACACGACCUGGCCAGGCACUUACCAACAGGGACAGUUCUCGCAUUCCAACUUCUAUCGCCCAUCGUCACAGGAGAAGGUAACUGUGACUCCAGUGGACUGUACUUGACCGCCGUUCUUGUGGCAGUCUGUGGGUUGUCGUGUUUUCUCCUGUGCUUUACUGAUACCUUCAGGGACAAGAGUGGUAAGGUUUGUCAUGGGAUCGUCACAUUCAGGGGCAUUUGGGUCAUUGACGCUCCAGCAAACAUCCCACCAGGAUUCGCGGAGAGGUACAGAAUGCAGUUGAUGGAUUUUGUGCAUGGCUUCCUUUCUGUGCUUGUGUUUAUGGUGGUUGUUCUAUUUGAUAAGAACACGGUGACGUGCUUCUGCCCAGCACCCUCGGAUCAAAUCCAGAAGCUGCUCAUAGCAUUGCCGAUUUUAAUUAGUGGUAUCUGCAGUGCCUUGUUUGCAGUUUUCCCCACCAAACGACAUGGGAUUGGAUAUCCCCUCUCUGAUAUGUGA